AAUGAUUCCCAUCUUCUGUUAUUGUUUGUAAUGAGACGUUUUUAUUAUUUCAUGGACUUCACUAAUUUCAGUGUGACAGUUAUGCCAUAAACCGUUUAAAUCUGAGCAUGCGCGACUCAAAUCUGUACUCGACUCACAUCGGGGAGGGACAAAACCAAUUGUAUUUUUUUUUUAAGUCGAGGUGCUAUGGCGUCAUCACCAAGAGACUCAUAAAGAUGAUGAAGCUUCAUUCAAACCGCUAGCACGUAGAACAAACAGCAGGUUAACAACAUGGACUCACUGUGGUCUCCGCUGGGCCUGGGUGUAGCAGCAGGACUGGGCUGCGGGCUCGUCCUCGGUUGGUACCUUCGGGCUCGCUUGGGCCCGACCUCCACAAGCCUGAUGGCAGCGAUGGGGAACGCCACUGGUGAAGCAAGCGUGAUGGGAGAAGGGGGCGAGUUCAAGAUGAUCCUGGUGGUCCGGAAUGACCUGAAGAUGGGUAAAGGGAAGGUGGCGGCCCAGUGCUCCCAUGCUGCUGUAGCAGCCUACAAACAGGUUCAGCGCAGGAACGCCGAGCUUCUCAAACAGUGGGAGUACUGCGGCCAGCCCAAGGUGGUGGUGAAGGCCCCUGAUGAGGACACCCUGAUUGAUCUGCUGGGCCACGCCAAAGAGGUGGGGCUUCCCGUGAGCCUGAUCCAGGAUGCAGGACGGACACAAAUUGCACCCGGAUCACGCACUGUGCUGGGUAUUGGUCCAGGCCCAGCUGAUCUGAUCGAUCAAGUCACUGGAGACUUGAAGCUCUACUAGAGUCCCAGCUUGCAUCUGUCUGACUUGCAUACAUUGUCUUUGUAUUUGCAAUGUAAAAAGUUGAGCUACCAUGAGUUUAUAUUUUUAUAAAACAACAAUUUACUUAAUUACACGUUAACUACUUUUUGGACAUGUAUACCUAUCACAUCUCAUUUGUUGACUCUUGAAUGGCAGUAUAUGUCGUGUUCUGUUCAGUCCGACUCCGGCCCGUCUGAAGACAUGAUGCACAGAUGAAACGGAACAAAUAUUGUUAAUCUCAUUAGAAACCCAGGAAUAUGACCUUGUCAUAUAGCAGGAACAGCACAGGUGUUAACUGAAACAUUAAAGGGAAACUUUCCUGGUUCUAAACCUG